UGUUCAAUGUCGAUCUACAUUUUAACUUUCUUCAACAAAACAAGAGUCUUAAUUACUAUAUAAUGUGAUUUAUUAGAUGUGCAUUAUUUUAUAUAUAAAUCAUAAAGUUUACUGCACAAAAAAUGGGCGACAGCAGCGAUUCCGAGGAGUUUUAUGAUGCUGAAGAGUUUACACCCACCAAGGGCUCGAAAAGGUCAUCUCUGUGUAAAAGCACCAGUGUGACAGAGAGUUCUGAUGUGCCAGUUCAGGACAAAACAAAAAUCACAAAUACUGAUCAAACAUUGUCCGUUGGAACCAGUACGCCCACAGCUGAAGUCACUCCCGAAGAUGAUAGGAAUUCUAUUAAAAAUGUGGUGCAAGGCAGAAGACGAUUUCAAGAGCUGCGUCGUUGCAUGCAAACUGAAGAGGAUGAUGAAGGGAUUCCUGAAUUAGAAAAUGAUCAACAGACAUAUACUUUAGAACAUCCAUUUAAAGUAAUAGCCCACGACACUAUGAGCUUGCAGAGUAUGACGUCACUCGGCAGAAUUGGAAGGAUACUAAGCGGAGCUGCUGAAUCUCAACCAAACAUUCGCGAUUCCAUGACCGGCCAGUGCUCGUCGCGAGAGCCUUCCACCAUAUCCGACGACCCCGUCCCUACAGACUGUCGAACUCAGAACGUUCUGGCCGAGCCCGACGUGAUAGCCAGUACGAAGGCGAACAGCCUGAAGGCGCGGGGAGGGGGCGUGGCGACGGCGAGCGGGGCGCGGGGCGGGGGUGCCGCCGUGGUGACGCCGAGCGGGGCGCGGCCCGUGGCGCCGCCCCGGAAGAAGAAACGAAACAAGCUGCACGGCUCUCAGUCGUUGUCGCGCGGAGAGGGCGAUGACGUCAGCAUCUGCACCACCGACACAGACGAGAUCCGAUAUGUGCCGAGGCGAGCGGGAGACAUACCCGGUCUGGACUCUCUCGUUGUAGAGCCCCCACCGUCUAGUUCGGCGAACCAGUCCAUGGCUCUACCCAGCCCGGCCAGCACCAUAGAAUCGCUAACCAGAGAAUUUCAAGACUCAUUGGAAUUAUCCCAAUCUAAAUAUGCUAGCGACCGCUCGUCCCCCGAGUGGUCGGGCGUUGCCGCCGCGCGCCCCCGGAAGGACUCCACGCUCGACAUCAAACACGCCCUGAGAGGUGAAUACGUGGUGAAGCCUUCAGACGACGACCGGGUCCGCAGCUCCGGCUCCAGGACUCACAGCGAGAGCCGGACGGCGCCGACCACGGGACAUUCGAGUUUGGGAUCCGGGAACAAGGGCCGCGGGGAGGGGGGCGCGGGGCGGCGGCGCUCGGCGGGGGACGAGGCAGCGCUGGUGGGCGUGGCGCUGCGCACGCGCACCACGUCCGGGCACCACCUGUCCGACAUAGAGAUCCUGGAGCAGGUCACCGUGCUCAAUCUGGACACCGGUGAGCGAGUCCCGCUGAGCGUCGCUGAGCACAAACUGCCGCAGUGCAUCAACCCGCUGAGUCUGCACAUCAUGCGGAUCACGUCGGAGUACAUCGGCCGGACCAACGACGACGAGACCACCAGGGAGACAGAUGAAGAAAGCGAAAGCGUUAUUCCGGGCGGAGCCGACGACGAAAGCAAAGAAACGAAACGCGAAUCAACAGACAGACAGACAACCGGCAUCAAGAGAAAAACCGAAAAGUUAAUAAUGAACGAUAUAGUGAAAAGUCACUCGCAGGACAACAUUAACAGGAGACUGAAACAGGACGUGAACAUGAGGUUAAAACGUUUCUUCGGGAGCACGAUGAAGAAAACCGUGGACGCGGCCAAGUCGUUGGCGCAGGAGGUGUCGCACGCGCGGCACAAGGAGGACGUGGCGGACAUAGCGGAUGACGUCCGCGGCGAGCACAACAUCAAGCUGAAGGCCUCCAACUCGCACAAGGGACCCUACGACUUCGACGGCUGCGUGCGUCACGUACAGGAAAUGGGGUCGGGGCACUGCGGCGCGGUGUGGUGCUGCAAGUUCAGCGUGUGCGGGCGCCUGCUGGCCACGGCCGGCCAGGACCGCCUGCUGCGCGUGUGGGCCACCAGGGACGCGCACCACAUGUUCCAGGACAUGCGGACGAAAUACAACGCGGAACAGAAGUCGUCCCCCACCCCCUCGCAAGAGUCCCUGGCUUCCCUGGCCCCCCUAGCGCCGCCCCCCGCCCCCGAGGACGCCCCCCUCGGUCCCUCCGCCCCUUUCUGUCCCAAACCGUUCUGCGUCUACUCCGGUCACACUUCCGACCUGCUGGACGUGUCCUGGUCGAAGAACUACUUCAUCCUGUCCAGCUCCAUGGACAAGACGGUCAGGCUGUGGCACAUCUCCCGGGGGGAGUGCCUGUGCUGCUUCCAGCACAUUGACUUCGUCACGGCCAUUGUGUUCCAUCCCAGAGACGACAGGUACUUCCUGUCGGGCAGUCUGGACGGGAAGCUGAGGCUGUGGGAUAUACCUGAUAAAAAGGUGGCGGUCUGGAACGAGGUGGACGGCAAGACGAAGCUCAUCACGGCGGCCAACUUCUGCCAGAACGGCAAGUUCGCCGUCGUGGGCACGUACGACGGCCGCUGCAUCUUCUACACCACCGACCAGCUCAAGUACCACACGCAGAUCGACGUGCGCUCGACCAGGGGCAAGAACUCCACCGGCCGCAAGAUCAGCGGCAUCGAGCCCAUGCCCAACGACGACAAGAUCCUCGUCACGUCCAACGACAGCAGGAUCCGGCUGUACGACCUGCGCGACCUCAACCUCUCGUGCAAGUACAAGGGCUACGUGAACGUGUCGAGCCAGAUCAAGGCGUCGUUCUCGCACGACGGCAAGUACAUCGUGAGCGGCUCCGAGAACCAGUGCAUCUACAUCUGGAAGACGCACCACGACUACUCCAAGUUCACGUCGGUGCGGCGCGACCGGAACGACUUCUGGGAGGGGAUCAAGGCUCACAACGCGGUGGUCACGUGCGCCGUGUUCGCGCCCAACCCCGACCACAUGAUCCGCAUGAUCAACGAGCGGGAGCAGCAGCUCAGGCUGGCCGGCGACGCGCCCGACCAGGAGGACGACCGCCUGAAGGGGCGCGAGACGGGGCUGGUGUCGUCCUCGCAGCCGGGCCACGUGCUGGUGAGCGCGGACUUCAACGGCUGCAUCAAAGUGUUCGUGCACAAGGCCAAGCCCAAGCACAGCUCCCUGCCCGCCUCCGCGCUCGCAAAUGGAAAGUCGAGCAGUCGAGCCAGUUGAAGACUCCAGUAAGUAUCACACAACACAACACCCUGUAUAACUAAGCAACGGGAAUUCAAGAAGGAUGUACUCUUUGGGCUUUGACAUAAGGUUGAAAUUACGAACGUGGGAUUUUUUUAAAUGCAACUGUACGCAUCAUCGAGAAGCAGAUCAAUAUAUCGGUAACCUCUCCAAGUUUUACAAUACUGUAGUACCGUGAAUGUCAGCCAAACAUUAUUUAUAUGUAUAUAUUAUUUCCUACAAAUAUGUAAUGUUACAAAAACAAUCAGUUCCCAGUCCGGGCCUUAUGUACUGACGACAGAACAGUGAGCUUAGUGUGAGUUUUUUAACUUUUCGAUCGCGUAAAAGUUAACUCGAAUUUGUAUGGAGUUUGACAGCGUUUCUACGUUUGCCGCUAAGGGCGCUGUUCCAACUGUGGCCGCUCGGUGGACUCGAUAUACUACAAUAAAUAUUUAUAUGCUCUAACAUGCUCUAACUCUCUUAAACACCUACUAACGUCUAUCCGAAAUAAGCGAUCACAUGUCGUUAAUGUCCCGAGCGUCAACAUCGACGCGUCCUCCCCCCAACCCGCCCGGCCUCCCCCUCGCUCCCCCCGCACGCGCUGCCGACACACAUCUCAGAUACUUUUGGCAGUUUAUGUGAAAACAAAAAAAUGCGCGUGCAACUUGGUGCACGUGAAUGAAGUGAAACUUCUUUUUCGAUGUGUAGUAUUGUGGUUUUCUUCAUUUUUCGUCCUUAAAUCAGCUUGCU